GUGGUCGACAGCGCAUCUGUUUUUGAAGCAAAGUUACAAGAAAGGAAAUAUUGGAUCAGUUGUGAUAUUUUGUGGAAUUUCAACUGAAUUCCGACGGGAAAAAAAACAGAAAAAAUGUCGACGUUAGAGACCAAAAGUGUGACCGAAAACGACUUGAACAGCUUAAGCGAGAAUUUAAAAGAAAUGCCAGAAAACAUGCGUCUAUUUUCCUUGUGUUUUCGCUCACUUUAUUCAGACCAAGCUGUUGGUGGUCAUAGCGAGGCUGCUGUAAAGUUCAGAAAGAUUCGAGAUGACACAAGACAAGAUGCAAUGGUGUAUUUAAGGUGCGUCCUUCCUGCGACGACAACUUUCAUCAGGUCUAUAAAAGAAUACUUCGGAACUUACGAAGCCUUUUCGUAUGAAGAAUGGUACAAGAUGUUACCAGACAUUUUGGAAGAUACGAGAGAACACAAAAAUAUCGCGCAGAUGGUGUUAGAUAUGUACGAGAAUAUGAUGGUUCCUUUAAAAAAACGCCAAGACGACGCAAGAAUUGUCAUGAACGAGUUCGUAGGCUUGCAAAGCAAGUAUGAAGAGAUAUGUGGAGAAUACGAAGCCACAGCAAAAAGCAAAAGAAAAUGGGCGAAUGCACUUUUGUUUGUCCCAGUCGUGAAUGUGAUCGCGUGUCCUUUGUUGGGACGGGCUGCUCGUGAAAACACUGCACUGGCUGUUGCUAACAAAAUGGACGCAGAAAUCCACGGAAGUGCUGCACUCAUUGUGGCCAAAAGCCUCAUCCCAGCACUGUCCAGCUUCAUUGACGGUUUGAAAAAAGUGGCCGGAUUCUUUCAAGUCCUCGAACAGGAAUUGGAAUCGUUUGAAACGAAAGCAGGAAAGGAUGAACCUAAAAGGUUGCAUUAUAAAUUAAUGUGUUUCGCGGCGAGAGAUAUAAAUUCUCUCUGCUGCACUUUCUACGCCGCACUUCCGGAUGUCCGCACAGAUUUCGAAGCGCUUCCAGUUGAAGAUACCGACCAAAAUUACGUGGAAAGAUGGUUGGAAAAAACGCGUGCAGAAAUUCGGAAUCAAUCGGCAUUCAAGUCUCUUGUUGGGGCUUUCUCGGGAUCAAAGGAAAUCGACGAGCGAAAAUUAAAACAACCACGACCAAUGCUAGCCCCCAAACCCACCGAACCGAGAUACAAGACACAAGGAAUUAAACUUCCUGGAAUGAACGAAUCACUACCACCAAAGGCACCAUCAAGGGUACCACCAAAACCACCAAGAUCUAUGGACACCAGGACCUGAGUGACUGACACUUAACCGCGCGAGAUUGUUGAAUGUGGAUCAUGACUAUAAUUUCAAAUUAAUUAAUAUCGAUAUGUAUUAAUAUCUUAAUUAAUAUUAAUAUGUAUAGUGUAUUUGGAAAGUGAGCAUACUUAUUUAUAAUAUUUAACAAACAGAAUGUAUGAGUAGAACUGAGAUGGAACAAUCAAUACCACUGAGCAAUGGAACUUGUUUGAAAUGAACUAUUUUCUUGAAAAUAAAAGGUAAGGUAAAAUAAUGGACAAUUGUGGACAAUGUAAACAUAAAUGAAUUCCACGUUUUUUCGAGCUAUGCAAUAGUGAAAGAAACAACCUUUCACAAAAUACAUUACAAGUUUUGUUUUACAUACCAUUGCCAACGGUAGUUAUAAUAUUCCACAAUGUAAUUGUUGUACUGUACAGAAC